GAGCGCCCCAGGCAUGGAGGCGCCUUGAGCGAGGCCCUCUGCGACGCGCUCGGACAAUGGGGCAGGCCGGGGCAGAUCACAAGAGAUGGACAGUCAUACUCUUUGGUGGGAUCCUGCUAGGCAUAGAGCUCACAUUAAGUGCUCUCGGGGACGUCUGCAACUGUGGUGCAACUACUGAUUUCCAGGAAUUCCAGGAUGCAUUGGUUCCUGAGAUGUGUUGUUUGAAUUUCACUGGAACUAAAAUUGGUUCCUUGGAUUGGAGCCUUUUCAGUGGAGUUGCAGGCUUGAGGAAGCUCUACCUAUCAAACUGUAGCAUAUCUGACAUUUUCAAUGCACAUGAUGAUUCUUCUACAAUGGAGAUUCUAUACUUGGACCAUAACCAACUAAGGUGGCUCCCAGGCAGUUUCCUAAGAAAUGCACCCAGCUUGCGUGUCAUUGAGUUAAAGAGCAAUAAACUCCAGGAGCUGCCUGAAUCAUUCCUGAAAGCUUCUACUCAAAUUCAGGAGAUUCACCUUGACUUCAAUGACCUAUCUUCUCUUCCCUCAGAGAUUUUCAAGCCCUCUCUUCUCAUACUAGGCCUCUCCAACAACAGCUGGGACUGCACUUGCACUUUGCUUGGAGUUCUGGAAAAGUAUCUAUUUGCACCAUUUUAUAGUGAGGUGGUUUGCAGCACCCCCAAGCAUUACAGUGGCCUGAACAUCAAAGCCAUUCCUAAACAGGAGCUGUGCCAAACUUAUAAACUAACAGCUCUCUUUAUUUGUUUGCCUUUGGUGGCUAUCCUGACCUUGGUCACCUGGUGCUUUUGUAAGCAGAGGAAAGACACUGGCUAUGCUCUGCGUGGUGGGAAGGAAUGCCGGCUGGCCACAGUGGAGAGCAAUGGUGCUAAAAAAUUGGGGGAGCAUCACUGCUACGUCCCAUAUGAGCUACCUACUGUGACUGCUGCUGAGAGCGAGAAGAACAUUUUCUUGAGGAACCAAGUCCUGCUGAAACCAGCAACUGCACUGUUAGGGAGCAGCAAGGACCUCUAUGAAGAGGUGGAGAUCAAACUGAAUGCUUCCGAUGAUUCCUUAACACAGGCCAAUGAGGGAAGCCUUGAUCAAGAGAUACUGGGAUCCAAAAGACUGACCAUUUCAGAGGAGGGCUUUCUGGGUGGUGAGCCUGAAGCUGAGACGGUGAGUGUGACAGAUGUUCUGAAGGAUUCUGCAGACCGUGAGAAGCUCUAUAUGAACCAGUCAGUGGAUUAUUAUAACCUGGUUCCAGGGAUUGAACUGGAGGACUCAGACCACAUGGAGUAUGACAAUGUUGACCUUUGCUGAGGCUGUCUGUUGAGCCAGAGCACAAUGGUUUAAAUGAACAUCAAAUAAUAUAUUCUAACUGGUUUGCUAUAGGAAUAGGCCCAAUAGCUUCAACCAUAAUGUGAACUCUUCAAAUGAGAUUUUCCUUAUAAAUUAUGUUGCAGCUUUGUUUCUGUGCCUUCUGGCUUCUGGGUCUUUGAAACAGGACAGUCAUCAUUAUCAAACAGAAGUCAGACUGUUUCAGAGUAUGGUAGAAUCUGUACCAUUGUGUGCAUGGGAGGAUGGAGGGUCACUAGAUGUGCAAUCCUGAACAGUCACACCCUUCUUGAAGUCAGUGUGCCUAGAAGCAUAUAGCUCUUCUUAAAAUUGCACUAUAAAUGAUCUUUUUCUAGCCCCUUUGAUGUUGUACCUAUGAGAUUUACUAUACUAACUUUGCAUUUUCAUGUAGAAAUCAAGAUUUCUCAUGGUUCUGCCUCCUAGAAAGAAAACAGGCAUAGAACAGGAAGAAGAAAAAGCUGAGGCUUGCCAGCUGGGUAUGACUAUGAAACAGGUUGUAAAUUGGAGCAAGACACUGCGUACCCACUUUUUUACAAACUUGAGGCACGUUUUAUUUUGAGCAAGGAAUUUGGCACACGUUGUGUAUAUCCUUACAUGGCUUUGUCCAAAGCUACCUCCCAAAUUCCCAGAGCCUGAGUGGCCUAGUGUUUUUACUCUUCUUCUCUGCCAAGCGGAAAUCUUGGCUGAAGUUUGCUCUCUAGGAAUUUCUUGCAGUUAUUUGGAGUGCAUAAAGCCUGUUCUUCCCAUUCUUUGUGGAAGGAGCUGAGCGACAUCUAGUGGAGAGAGGAGUACACACGGUCAUCUCCCAAAUGUAAAACCAACCAUAAUCCACAUAAUACUUUUUAUUAGGACCAACCACAAUGACACAAAACAGUGUGCAAGCUGUCUAGAACUCUUCUUCAGGCUGGAUAUAAAAAAUUAAAAAUAGGUAUGCGUGGGGGAGAAAAACAGAUAUUUCGGUCCAUGAAUUUAAGGCCUUUUUCUUUCCAGACUGAGCUAAACUGCAAGAGAUUAAUUACAUGACACU